GUCGUUUGCUGCUUGUUCCGAAUAUAAACCUGAUCCUUGCUAGGGUUUCUCUUCUUCAGCUGAGAGCAAGCACAGCAUAAGCCCGCCGGCGCCUCCCUGAUCUUAGCGGCAGACCAUUAACAGCGCUUCGCCAUGGGUCGCAUGCACAGUCGCGGAAAGGGUAUCUCGGCCUCUGCCCUGCCGUACAAGAGGACGCCCCCGAGCUGGCUCAAGAUCUCCUCCCAAGAUGUGGAGGAGAACAUCUGCAAGUUCGCGAAGAAGGGUUUGACGCCGUCUCAGAUCGGUGUCAUUCUCCGUGACUCUCAUGGCAUUGCUCAGGUGAAGAGCGUCACCGGGAGCAAGAUUCUCCGCAUCCUCAAGGCCCAUGGGCUUGCUCCGGAGAUUCCCGAGGAUCUGUACCACUUGAUCAAGAAGGCGGUCUCUAUCCGCAAGCACCUCGAGAGGAACAGGAAGGACAAGGACUCCAAGUUCAGGCUGAUCCUGGUGGAGAGCAGAAUCCACAGGCUCGCUCGCUACUACAAGAAGACCAAGAAGCUCCCCCCUGUCUGGAAAUAUGAGUCGACCACUGCUAGCACUCUCGUUGCUUAAUGGAAGCUCAAGCUCCUCGAGAGGUGGAAGAUUCUCGUUAGUAUUCCAGCUUCUGGGCAGUUUCUGCCUCCCUUAAUCCAAGGGACAUUGGUGGUAAUAGUGUUGGAACUUUUUGUAGUUCAGAUGAGGAUUAUUUUAUGAUAUUGUUCUGUUCAAGUUAGGAUGAGAAUGACAUUUUCACUAUGACAGUUUGUGGUGUCGGUCUCUUGUUUGCUCUUAUGAAACUUCUUUAAGCAUUGCGCUACUCUGGAAUUAUACUUCUUUGUUGCUUUGUGAUGUUAA